CAGCACUAUUGCUCUAAGUUAUAAUCUGUGGUUCGUGGUGGUUCGUUACCCUACCUUCCCAUUGAAAUGGUGUUGUGGUGGUUUUUAGGUCAAUAAUCCUAAUAACUAUUUAAUAAAUUAUUGAAAUGCAGUGUUUUUGUGUCUUAUCAUUACAGUAAAAAUAUUUUGUUUAUGUGUUGUGCCUAUUAUGGAUGUAUUGUGCUUUGAAAAUAUUUAUAUUUUGUGGGAGUAAUGACACUGAAGAAAAUCGCGAAAAUGUCAACAAAAUCUCAUAUUUCUACUGAAUUGAGUGAAACGAUAAGCAAUGUAUUGGGAAAAAAUGUUAAAAUUCUAUACAAGACCCUUAUACGAAUGGAAUCAAGAGGUGAUAAAGUGGAUAACAAAGUUCUGGUUGUAACAGCUUACAGAAUUUUUAUAACAACUGCUAAAGUUCCAACAAGGGUUGACAAUGGAUUUCACUUGAUGGAAAUAGAAGCGCUCGAGAGCAAAAAGGCCAAUCAUCUGUCAAUAACACUAAUCCAUGAACACAAACCAGUGUCCAUACUUAUAGGUGAAGAAGGAACAUCAGAUGGAGUGCUUAAUGUCCUACAUGCGUUAGUUGCAGCCUUUGACGACUUAUUUCCAAACGUAGCCAUGAUUGACAUUAUAUCCAAGGUCAAUCUACCGUACCCAGUGCCACAAGUGAGCGGCACUCGAAAACAUUCAACCUGUGGUGAUUUUUCCAAUCAGUACGCAGCUAUGUGUGAUCUCUGCCAAACGCCCUUCAGAGCCGAAGUAGCUUGGGACAUUGAUACGAUAUAUCUGGCACAUGACAUUAGAAUGCUACAUCUAAAGGAUUUCGAUCAUUUAGAUCAAAGGGACCUAAUUCCUUUAGUAAUGGCGUUACAACAUAAUACAUGGUUUAAUGGUGUUUGCGGGGACGGAGUACGGGCGAGUGGUGAGGCUUGGGAGAGUGUAUGUCGCGUGGUGCGGUCAGCCAGGCCGCCCCCAGCGCGUCUGUCAUGGCGGGCCGCUGCCCUUCGACACGACCACGCCGCAAGAUUGGGACACGCUUUGACUAGAGCCAGACACCCUCCCGCUAUGCAUACCAUCGAUUUUUCUCAAAAUCAUAUUGAAGACAAAGGUGCUAUUAGUAUACUUGGCGGGCUCGCGAACAAUCCGGACGGGCUGAGGCACAUUGCGUUGUCACAAUGCGGCCUUACUGGAAAAACUGUGAUGCAUCUAGCAACCAUGCUGAAUGACAAUCCAUGCCACCUGUCCACGCUGUCUCACCUCGACCUCUCAUACAAUAACCUCAAAGAUGACGUACAUAAUUUAUACAACUUCCUCGCACAACCGAAUGUAUUGACGUAUUUGAACCUGACAAACACGGAGACUACGUUAGAAAACGUAAGUAAUAAAAUGUGGGGUGCAUUGUUACGUGGCUGUGCGGCCCGGCUGGCGACUCUGUCAGUAGCCCGUAACCCCUGGUCCGCAGCGCGACGCGCCCGCGACCCGCCGCCAUCUUUCCGACAGUUCUUCACUGCUUGCCUCGCCCUAACCGAUCUCGACUUUUCAUACUGCAAGAUGCCGCCAGAUGCACUCAAGAGUCUGUUACUUGGAUUAGCUUGUAACGAGAGCGCGACGGGCGUGCAGUUGAAUCUGUCGGGAGUGUUGUCUUCCUCGCAAGCCGCGCAUGUGCUCGAGUCUUGCAUACACGGCGUCAGAUGUUUGCAGUCCUUGGACUUGUCUGAUAACAGUAUGGAAUUCGAACUGUCCGGUAUUGUGAGGGCGAUAGGGAAGAACCAUUCUAUCACCCAUUUGUCUCUUAGUAAGCUGACGGGAAAAAGGUCUUACGCACCGCCUCUAAUACAGGCUCUAGUCCAUGUUCUUCAAGAACCAGAUACGGCUUUGACUUCCUUGGAUCUCAGUGAUUGUAAACUCAAGGGUGAUUUGUACGGGUUACUGAACGCGCUGGGCGGGGCGCGCCGGCUGCGCUCGCUGGACGUGGGCGGCAACCUGGCGGGCGACGCGGGCGCACGACUGCUCGCUAAAGCACUGCAGUGUAACUGCACGCUACAGACAUUGUAUAUAGACAGAAAUGCUUUCAGUUUGCAAGGUCUGACAGACAUAGCGACGGCCUUGCGUCGCUCAGUGAGCGUACGCCGCGUGGAGUUCCCGGGCUGCGACGCGGCCGCCGGGGGGCGCGGCGCUAGUGAACGAGUCGCUACGCUUUGGAGGGACCUGCACGAACGACUGGCGAACAACUGCAGCCCGACGCAGUCCCACACGCUUCGCGCGCUGGCGCUGGAGCGCGCGUGGGCGGGCGGCGAGGCGGCGGCGGCGCUGGCGGCGCAGGCGGCGGCCGCGCUGCCCCCGCCGCCGCUGCCCGCCGCGCUCGAGCGCGCCGCCGCCGCCGCCCACCAUCUGCUGCACCAGUAUCUGCAGAGAUGCGGUGAGGUUUUCGCGGCGAUGGGCGGCAGUGGCCCAAGUGGCGAGCUGGUGACACUACAAGCUGUGCGAGACGCCAUGGCGCCGUGUACUACUAGUCUGCAGGACUUGCUCAAUCAAGCAGUGGAAAGCCUCGCCCUACUGGCGUGCGAGAACGUGGAUCAUAUGGACAGUGAGCCAAUGCCCAGCGCUGAUGGAGACAUUCCGGACUUGCUCACUCCUAUAUCACAUUCUGGGGCCACUCCGUUGGGUUGUCGCCGCCGUGAGCGUGGAUGUCGCCGCGUUCGGCCCAAGUCUGUAGCGGAGCAGCAAUGCAGCAGCAACGAGAUGCUGUCCCUGCCGCCGCUGCAUGCCGAGGCCGCCGACGCAUUGGCCGAGCUACCCGCGCACACUCUGCGACACCUUGUCAAAGGUCGACCUAGACGGGCUAAGACUAGGGCACCAACACGACCUAUUACAGAUCAAUCACAAGAUAUUGAUGAAGGUUUGGAGGAGUUCUGGCGCACAUGCCGUACGCCGCCGGGCAGUGAGGAGGCGUCCCUGUCGGCGCGCACGCCGCUGACGUCCCGCUCACUGCAUUCGCUUUCGUCGCUCGCCUCGCCCUCUCCGCUGCGACACUCACCCACUCUGCAGCGCGAUGACACUAUGUACAGCGUGACAUCGGGUGAAAGCACACCGGUUCUAUUAGAAUGUGAAGUAUCUCGUUGCAAGUCUUCCGAUAAUGUAGGCAUGAAGACCUCGGCUUCCACACCUCCACCAUCCCGAUCUUCAGACAACGUCAACACCAUGGGUUCAAUGUUACGAGAUCAUCCUUUAACUCCAGAGGGUACUGAGACCUAAGCCAAGCUCGGGUGCAGUCAGCGUGACGAAGACAGUUCGUGAUAGUUGAGCAGGGUUCAAUGUCCAGAUAUUACACAAAAACGGAUUUUAUUCUCGGAUGCUCACAAUUGUGCCAGUUAGAUUGUUAACGAUUUAGACAGUAAAGUAGUUACUGAUUAGGAUUCUUAUAUUGUAUUUGAGUAAAACUGAACGCCAUUUUAGUUACUGUGCGGAAACAUUUUUAACUUCUAACAUUUAGGACAUUAUGAAUUGAUGAUAUAUGGUCAUAAUAAUUCCAAGUAACUUAUGCUAGGAUUAAAAUUAAAAUGUAUUGUAAUCAUUUUCUAUUUACUGUGAUUCAGUUAGUAUUAUGUUACUGAUUCGUGUAGUCAUUAAUAUAUUUUAAUCGCUUAUAAUUUAUAAAAAUAUUUGAAACUUAUCCCACUAAACGGAUAUAUUAUUUUAAGUGGGAUAUAUAUUAUUUGAUGUAAUUAAUUAUUAUUUCUUCUAUAAGAUAAUACUUGUAAUAUAAUCUCAUGAGAUUCAUAUUUAUUUAAUUUGAAAGACGUUUUUGCUUUGCCAUUGAGCUUGCCGUGAUUUCUUGAUAAACAAUAUUUCUACCAAGUUUAAAAAAGUAUUUUAACAAAUUCUAAUAUCAGUAUUGAUAAGACAUGUUUUAGACAUUGAUCUAAUGAACUAAUCUGGUAGAUUUAAAAGUAUGUGACACAAAGAUGGAGUUAAGGUGGGCUCUUUAACUUGCAUAAAGCUCUAUCAUGGUUACCUCCUAACGCACAAAUGUUCAGAUUUCGGUAGAUGUCGCGUUUAGCGUAUGUAUGGUAAAUAUCUACACCCUUAUGUAAAAUAUUGUAUUUACGAUAAUUAUGUUCCCGAAUGCAGAUCAUUCUCGAUUUUCUUAAUGCUUGGUGACUGACAAAUGAAAAACGGAUGGUAGUGUAAUAACAACCAUGCCAUUAAUUUUACACAUGUUAAUUGUGCUUGUUAGUCCAAAUAAGGAUAAGUCAUUAUUACAAAAGAAUAUUACCAGUACGACCUCAAAACAAAUAGGUGCUACUACAUACUUGAUAGACUCAAUUGGUUAAAUAAACUAUGAUUAAUUUGUACGGAAACAAUACAACACAAAUCAAUUUAAGAAAAUAAUUUUACAUGAACAUAAGGACCAUGGUUUGUCAAGUAUGCAGUAAAAUAAAAUGGCCAACGCUAGGCCCUAACAAUAUUAGCAAUGAAAUAAUGUAAAUAUAUAUAAUGAUUGCGAAUUCCUUCAGCAUUGGUAAGUUAAGAACUUUGUUCUAAAACUAAUUGGUCUUAACUAGUCAUAUUUUAAAAGGCCUAUAUUAUUAAUUACGCACAAUUUAUUUACGUCCGAUUGAUUAUGAAUUGUGAGAAUAAUUCGUUUUUAUAUAAUUUACCAUGACAGAAUCUUCCAGUUUAUACAUUCCUUUGUAAAUUUUUAAGUAGACAUGAAGUAUAAGAAAAUAUUGAACAAGUGUGAUUUUUAAAAUGAAGUUCAAAACGUGAAAGUGAAUUUUUAGAUUAGUGCACUUGCAGAGAUGUAUGUAAGGUUCAAUUUUGCGAUAAUUUGGUGAAAGUAGAUAACUCGCCCCAUACAGUUAAGUGUUCAUUAGAGUAAAUAUUUGUAAACGAUUACAUUCAUUUAUAUCUCUUGAAUUCAUAAAGGCUGUCUCGUACUGGAGUUUCCUGUAUGUAAAAUUACUGAUCGAGGUAGAUGUAUAUUGCUAAAUUAUUUCAUAGUAUUUUUAUAUUCAUUCCAAUUUAGUUGGUUUUAUCUAGCUCUUUGGUACCAGACUGAUUUUAAGGUACUUUUAUUUUAUGGUGCAAUUUAUGUCUAGAGCGUUGUGAUAAUCGUUUAAAAUUACAUACAAUAUACAAUAUCUUUGUUUUAUUUUUUAAGUUUUAUAGUCCUACUACUACUACUAGUUUACGACCAGCGAGAAACUUACGCAAGAUGCCAUGAACAACGCUAUACACGAAAACCAGUCCUAUUAUUCCCAG